AUGAUUUCAGAUUUUGCAAACAUUGUGGUUACCGCCGAAAACUACUCAACCGGACACACAAGGGGUCCUCAGGUUACUUGUGACCUUGACCGCAUUGAUUUCCAUUUACAUCAAUUAUUGGCUGUGGAUAGUAAUACCAACUAUGCGAAGCAGAAGAAAUCUCUAAAACAUAAGUUAGAGUCUUUUUUGCACAAGCUUCCUGCAUAUGUCACUUUGGAAACUGUCACGACUCGUGAUUUAUGUUGGUUCCUUAUUUACAAAGAUGAACAUGGUAAGACACAGGUCCAUCAACAAGGUUGCCAUUCGUGUGGAUGUCUGUUGAGGCUGUCCUAUAAGUCGAUCGAUUCCUAUAUUGGGAAAUUGCGAGCUAUAUUCCACACCUUGGGUCGAGAUGGUGCAUGGGAUAGACACCUUGGAUUGGGAAAUCCCGCCAGUGACAAAUUAGUUCAAGACUAUUUGUGGGUAGUUACGGCUGAACAACUCCAUGCCAGGAUCACACCAAAAACAAACUGCCCCUUUUUUGUCAAUAAACUUACCCAAUUGUCCUUACAUCUCAAAAGGAAACUUAAACAAGCAGAAAAACUCUUGAUAAAUUUAUCGUUGCACGCGAUCAGGCUUAUUUUAAGAUGGCAUUUUUUAGUGGGGAACCGGCCUGGUGAUUUGGGACACAUAACGGACCUGGAAAUUUUACGAUUCCCUAAUGAUGAUGGUUUCCUGUGUAAUCAUGUCUGGGGUAAAACCCUAAGGGACGGAGAUAGUAAUGUAUUUGGUAUCAGAAGGAAUCCUCAGAUUGUGAUUUGUCCGAUUAAGGGUCUCGAGCUGUAUAUGGAUACAGCACGUCAACUUGGUAUUGAUCUGAUUUGCAGCCAUCUCUUCCGACCAACUGCUUCUAAUGGUAGUAUCAAAGACAAUUCCCUUCACUUCUACUGUGGAAGCACGUCUGAAGACCUAUUUACGUGA